ACAGAGAGGGUCGUUUUUGCUAGAGAGUGAGCAACUAAGUUACCAUUUCUCUUUACAUGAGAAAUCUGGGUAAAUCUAAGCCUAUCCAAAAAAAAUUACCAUUUGACAAAGAGAGUCCAAAAUAAUUACUGUGGGUAAUUGGAUAUCUCAGUGCAUGGAGUACUUCAAUGUUAUCCCCUUAAACCACAACAUAAAAAAACACCCCUCUAUUGCUAAUUUCAGUCCCACUAAACAAGAGAGUGCCUCUGCCUCCCUGACCGAAUGAAAGCACGCCAUGGAUCUUCCAAGUUGCAACAGCCAAAAUAGCGCCUUGGUGAUCUCGGAUCACAGCUCCAGCUCCGCGGUCUCCGCCGUUUGCUCCGGCGGCAUCAAAGUUGUGCAAAGUGAUUGGAUUUGGGCUUGGACUAUGUUCAUCCAUGGAAGGCCCAACUCUGGGACACAGAACAACAGCGUGGGAAUGAGAAUGAGAACGCAAGUCCGGUGACUGAGGAGCAGUUCACUCGCCGCCACAAAUCGUGUUGCGCCGCUCGUCUCCGAUCUUGCAACAAGGAACCGUGAGCAGUUUUUCCUCCGGCCAAAGAGUGACCCUCCUAACCGCCGAGAACCAACUAUCGCUUGCAAGUUCAAACCCUUCGCCCUUGCUUCGAUCUUCGAAGCCACUGGUUGCAUCGCAAUAGAAUUUUGCUUGGCUCGUCCAAGUCAUCUUCGUCUUUUGCUUCUGCUCUCUUGAAGAGGGAACUAUCGAUGUUCACCAAUGACCAGAGACAACAAGAGCGAACUGGAAAAUAUGGAAGUCCUAGAUUUCAAUACCUUCAGGAACUGGUGUCUCAGUUUCAGAACACAACUGAUGAAGAAACAAAAGAGAGGAUUCUGGCAAAUUUGGCCAACUUCGCUUAUGAUCCUUACAAUUAUAACUUGUUGCGACAGCUUAAUGUUUUGGAACUCUUCCUGGACUGCAUGACUGAACCCAAUGAAAAACUUGUAGACUUUGGUGUUGGAGGCAUCUGCAAUUCUUGUGCUGAUCAGGCAAAUGUUGCAGUUGUAAGUAAGUUUGGUGGCAUACCUCUUAUCAUUCAAUGUCUAUCAAGCCCAGUCAGGAACACUGUAAAUUAUGCACUUGGAGCACUUUAUUAUGUGUGUAAUGAAUCUAACAAGGAAGAGAUUUUAAAGCCAGAAGUUGUUGAUGCCAUCAAGAGGUAUGCAGCAGCUGAAGAAGUUAGUGCAAGCUUCAGUAAUCUAGCCAAAGCUUUCCUAGACAAACAUCUAUCUGAGAACUAGAGUUUACUAUUCAAUAUCAGAGAGACUAUCCUGUAUAAGGUUAUUUUCUGGCUUAUAACUUAAUUAUUCUACAAUGUUCACUUCGGUUUAAGUUCAAUUAGCAUUUAUUCAAAUUAUAUGGUCUUGUGAUCAACAUUAUUUACUUGAUAACAGUUGAGAUUUU